GGCUCGAGCUUCGGAGAAGGCUGUUGGGGAAGUCAAGGAAUCCCUCAAGGCUUCUAAGCUUAAGGUCAUUGAGAUGGCCUUCAAGAAUGAUGACCUUAAGGGGCUGGUCAUCCAAAAAUAAGCUUGAGAUUGAGGUCAAGCUCAAGCCCAAAAUGGAUGGUCUUGUUCAAGCUCGGAAGGAAAUGGUGGAGGCAUGGGAUGUGACAAAGGCAGUAAAGGACGAGUUGAAAGAACUGAGCGGUAUGUUGUUUGCCUCAAGGAAAAUGAAAUAA